AUGGCUAUAGCUUCCAAGCAAGCAUGUGCAAAAGAUGGACCAGGACAUUUUGGUGAAAUGGGCAGCAAAGAGGAAAGUGAAAGACAAAACAACGGAGAGGAAGACCAAGGAAGAGAUGGAAGUAUUGUGUUAAAGAUGACAGUGAUCAAGUAUUUGACCAUAGCAGCGGCAGUGCUCUUGACAUGUGGGGACUCCGCCAUUGUAUUCCCUGUCAAUAGGCCGACUCCACUGAAUCCCAAGCUAUCUCCUCACUGUGCACUGAUAGUACGUAGCGUUAAAAGAAAUGGUGGAGGUGGUCCACACCCUUUUUCUCCACCACACCCGGAAUUCGUUGCAAAUGAAGGCCUGCGAUAUAUCGCCAACUUUAUACCUGACUUAAAAGUAGCUGCCUCAUCAAGAUAUGGAGAAAUAUGCAUUACCUAUGAUGAUAUUAACGGUGCUAUUCACGAAGCUCGGACGCGAUAUGGCCAAUUGCCGCCUCAGAUACAUGAUUUAUCGUCUAACUAUCCUGAAGCCAAACACGUAGCUCCAGUAGGUGAAGUUUUAGAAGAGGCUACUCGAAUUCUGGCUCACAAGUUCCGUUUGUCGUUUGAAGUUAUAAUAAACGGUUUGCCGCAAGUUGACACAACCAAAACAGUAGCAAAGGAAAUUUGCCCUACUUUCUUAACACCUGUGAAAUGUGAACUGAGCCGUUACCGGACACUGACCGGCAUGUGCAACAACCUUGAACAUCCUUCUUGGGGAAGUGCUCGAUCGUCAAUGAUCCGUUAUGUUCCGCCUGUCUACGGAGACGCAAUUGCUGCUCCUCGUGUUUCUUCUCAUGAUGGAUCGAAACUGCCUAGCCCUCGAGUGGUCAGCUUUGUUAUGCAUCAUGACGUCGGCCAGAAUGACCGUCAGCUUUGCAAUAUUUUGGUAGCCUGGGGACAGAUGAUUGACCACGACAUGACCUUUGCUGCGCAAACUUUAGAUGAGCGCAAAAUGGACAUCGAAUGUUGUAAGUAUCCACCGGAACACAGGCAUCCCAACUGUCUCGUCAUUGACAUUCCACACGAUGACCCUUUCUACAAGUUCUUUAACCGACAAUGUAUGGACUUUGCUCGAAUCCUACCAGGAGUGAGACCCGGAUGCACUCUCGGUCCUCGUUCUCACAUCAACAAAAUAUCUUCAUAUAUCGACGGUAAUUUCAUCUACGGAAGCAACCACAAAGUAGCAAGUAGGCUACGUGAAUACCGGGGAGGUCGUUUAAAGACCCUACCGCUGUACCGUGAGUUAGGACUAAAAGACCUUCUUCCUAUGAAAAUGGUGGACCCUGACGUCGGUUGCAUGGCGCGGCCUAGGAAUAUUUAUUGUUUCGAUGCUGGCGACGUACGUGUGAACGAACAAGUAGUGUUGACUGUCAUGCACACCUUGUGGAUGAGGGAACACAACCGAAUAGCUAACGCUCUCUCUCACAUCAAUCCCCAUUGGGGGGAAGAAACCCUUUUCCAGGAGGCUCGCCAUAUUGUGGUGGCUGAGCUGCAACAUAUUACUUAUACGGAAUUUUUACCGAAAAUCUUGGGUCCUGAAACAGUGAAGAAAUAUGGCCUAAUAAUCCAACCACAUGGUUACUACGAAGGGUACGACCCUAAGAUCAACUCUGGAAUCCGUACAGCUUUCCAGAAUGCAGCUUUUCGCUUCGGGCAUAGUCUUCUUACUGACGCCACUGAUCGCUACAACAAGUUUCAUGAUAAACUCGAAUCGGUCCGUCUGGCAAAACAACUGCGACAACCUUACGACCUCUAUAAACCAGGGAUGAUUGACAGCUUCAUCAUGGGGUUAGUCAAUCAAGAGUCUAAUAGGAUGGAUCCUGAGGUUACCAAGGAGGUAACAAACCACCUGUUUGAAAAACCAGGAGAAAGAUUUGGUAUGGACUUGGCCGCUCUCAACAUUCAACGUGGCCGAGAGCACGGUAUACCUGGUUAUAAUUACUACAGGGGCUACUGCGGUCUUCCGAAAGCACGGAACUUUUAUGAUUUAAUCGGUGUUAUGCCCAACAAAACAGUCCACAGAUAUUCACAAAUUUACAAGAGUGUUGACGAUAUUGAUUUAUGGAGUGCUGGAAUCUCCGAGUAUGCUUUACCAAAUGCCGUCAUAGGCCCAACAUUUGCUUGUCUGAUUGGUGAGCAGUUUGCCAAUGUCAGACGUGGUGAUCGCUUCUGGUAUGAAAAUUCGGGCUGGCCCUCAUCAUUUUCACCUGAACAACUACAAGAGAUAAAAAAAGUGAUGUUAUGUCGAGUGAUGUGUGACAAUGCUGAUGAAAUGGACACAAUUCAAAUGAAUGCAAUGUUGACUGCUCAUCAGAUACAAAAUCCACGUGUGGAGUGUCAUAAUAAUAUCAUACCUCGUAUGGAUCUAACAAAAUGGGCAGAUGUCAAUCAAUAUAAAAAGUAAAGAAUAGUUAAUUCGUUGACCAACAUUUUGAUCAGUUCAUAACUAUAUUUCUAUCCUGUUCUUUAACGUACCAUUUCAUUACACUUAUAGAGCAUAUUUUAAAGCCAUGGUGUAACACAUUCAAUUGAAUCAUAUCUUUUAUAAACAUCUACCAAGUUCUUACUCACAAACUCAAUGAUCGACGUAUAAUAAAUACCUCACACCAAGUUGGAAUUUUGUAAAAUGAGUCUUUUAAUUGUUUGAAAUGCAUUAUGUACAUAGGCCCCUAUCUACAAUAUCCCGAAAUACUAAUUAUAGAAUAAUAAAUUAGAAAAAGUAAACAAAUUUAUAUAGUGUUAAAACGUUAAAUAUUUUCUUGU